AUGGAUGCCGAAAACACGACAUACUGGAGCUUUCCACCCGCCCUCAAUAUCUCAUUCCGCCAGGCAUAUGCGGAAGAGACCCAACAGCUCUACCUGCACAACAUAACCACCGCAACCCGCGGCAUAGAACCGCUCAUCGUCGACGCAGUUCAUAACCUCACUUUCGCCCAGCGGCUGGCAGAUGGCUUCAGCAAUGACGGGUUCGGCACCCAAGAAGCCGCAGUACGGCAAGGAGACGUCAUAGAAUUCGAGUGGCAGGAUAGCGUGAACAGGACCAUAGAGCUGAACUGCAUGGUCUGCAGUACCGGCGCUCAAGGCGGCUCUAUCGAAAGCGCUUGCGACAAUUAUACGAACACCGAACACCUUUCCGCUCGUACAAACAUCUCAAGCCCUUUACUCCCCGGUGAACAGUGGAUCUUCCCAACGCUAGAAGACUACUUCGCCCUACCCAACGAAACGUGCGGCAUAUGCAUCCUCACCCUGUAUUCCAUGCUGGGCUGGAGUACUUCCGAUUACUCGAUCCCCUUCCCCGUCCUCCAACAACCCACCACGCCGCACAAACUGUUCAACGCCGAGAACCCAACCGGGACUCCAGAUCCCAGCAUCCCCACCUUGACACCCGUUCCGGAGCACGGCAAACCAAACGUGGGCAUGAUCGUUGGCGUCGUCGUCGGUGUGUUGGGCGGCGCAGCACUGCUCGCACUACUCUGCUGGUGGCUCUGGAGGAAGGGCAGGGCAAAGACAAAAGUCCUCGAGAGCUCCGCGAGUUCCACGGCCGACCAGAUCGAGGGCGCAAGCGUGGGAGGUGCUAAUAGAGGCGCACCCGAUAUCGCCUUACAGCGCAUACAAGGUGUAGUCCGCAGACCAGACUCAAGAGCGAGCGAGGUGCCGCCGCCGUACCACGAGGCUAUUCGCGAAGCCAACACCGACAGCCCACCGCGAGUCAUACAAACACAACCUCGAGCAGCCCGCUACGAGUGA